AUGGUGCUCUACAAGUGGUUCGGCGCCGGCGAGGACAAGGUGCCGCCCUACGGCAACACGCAGGUCGGCUGCGCGGGCUUCGUCGUCAACGAUAAAAACGAGAUUCUCGUCGUGAAGGAGUGGCAGAGCGCGAACGACGGCGCGGACCGCGUGCCGUCGCCGAACUGGAAGCUGCCCGGCGGCUUGGCGGACCGGGGCGAGUCCUUCUUCGAGUGCGCCGCGCGGGAGACGCUCGAGGAGACGGGCGUCGCGUGCCGCGCCGUGAGCGUCCUCGGCAUGUGGCACCGCCACGGCGUGCGGCCCUGGGGCAAGAGCGACAUCUACUGCGUCGUGCGGCUCGAGCCCCUGGGGCCUCUGGCCAUCGACGCGGACCCGGAGGAGAUCAGCGACUGCAAAUGGUACGACGCCGCGGCCUUCGCGGCGGAGGAGCGGCACCCGCUGAUCACGAAGGUCUUAGCGGAGGUCUACGGCUUGCGGCGAGGCGACGCCGUCGCGGGCGCGUUCGAACCCAAAUGCGACUUCGCGAAUCUGGGCGUCCAGUGGCCCGGCCGCGACCCCUACGCGACCUACUUCCCCAAGGCGCGGAUUCGCGCGGUCGCGUCCGACGUCGACGGCACGCUGCUCGACUCGGCGUCGGUCCUCCACGCCGACAACGCGGCGGCCAUCGCCGCCUGCGCGGCGCACCCGGGCCUCCGCUUCUUCCUCGCGACGGGGAAGUGCCGCGCGGGCGCGCUCGCGGCGCUGCCGGCCGCCGUCGCCGAGGCGCUUCCCGGCGGCGUCUUCGUCAACGGGUUGGUGGUCUACGACGACGGCGGCGCCGUCGUCCACGAGCGGCUGCUCGCGGGCGACGUCGUCGCGGACGCCGUCGGCUUCGCGGACGGGCUGGGACUGGACGUCGUCGCCUACGCGCGCGACGACCUCCGGACGCUCGCGGCCACUCGGAGAACCGACGAGCUCGCGGACGUCUACCACGAGCCGCGGCCGCGCGUCGUCGACGCCGUGGCGGACGCCGCCGCGGGCGCGAACAAGCUGCUCUUGCUCGCGGACGCCGACGUCCUGCCCUUCGGGGGCUCGAAGCGCGAGGGCGUCCGCGCGUACCUCGACCACUUCGGCCUCGACGAGGGCGCGGACCUGCUCGCCGUCGGCGACGGCGAGAACGACGCGGACAUGCUGCGGCGCGCCGCGCUCGGCGUCGCCGUCGGCAACGCGGGCGCGGCCGCGGCGGACGCGGCGGACGUCGUCGUCGCGCCCAACGACGCGGGGGGCGCCGCCCAGGCCCUCUACAUGGCCAUCGCCCUGGCGAAGACUGCGACAGCUAAGCAGGUCACGACGGGCGAGGAUUUCCCGCCGGACGUGACGACCUACUUCGAGUACGUGAUCACGCACUCAGACGGAUCGCGGACGCUCCUCUCCGUCAAAGACGUGAACGGCGUGAAGACGUCGUCGUCGAAGAAGGACGACAGCGGCGCGCCGCCCGCCCGCAAGAAGCCAAUUCAGCCUCCGCUGAACCUGCCCUUGGGCGCGGGCUGGAAGGCGAAGCGCGCCCACUUCUUCGCCCCGCCGCAGACCCGCACGCGCACCGCUCCCGUCCGCAUGGUCGAGGAGGAGCCCCCGACGAAGAAGCCCGCGGCGAAGAAGACCAAGAAGACGGCGACGGCCAAGAAGCCCGCGGCGACGAAGAAGCCCACGGCGAGCAAGAAGAAGUACAAGGUCAUCGGCAAGAACGGCGCGACGGUGCGCAAGGGCGAGAGCCUCGAGAGCGAGAUCGUCGACAAGGUCGCGAUCGACGACACGGUGCUCGUCGAGGAGGAGAACGCGGACAAGACGCGCGUGCGCAUCGACGACCCCGAGGGCUGGAUCUCGACCAAGGUGCUGCUGCCCCACAGCGUCAAGCAGGUCAAGGAAGGCUGGAAGGGCGACAUCCAGGAGUACGACCCGGGCUGGGAGGAGCUCGGCUACGGCCUCAAGAAGGAGGACUUCGAGGACCCGACGAACCUGACGCUCGACACCAUGAAGGAGGACCUCCGCACGAAGCUCGAGGCCGAGGGCCACAGCUCCAGCUCCUACGGGAGCACGGCCGGGAGCGGCGCGUACGCGCCCGUGGCCGACGUGGAGCUCGCGACGCGGCGCAAGGGCUCGGACUCGCUGCCGCCCGUGCGCGGCAUGCGGCUCAACUGGACCGUGGGCCGCGCGGCCCUGCCCUACGGCGUGAGCGUCGGGCGGCUGCACGCGUCGGACGUGCUGCCGCGCGUGCGCUUCAACAGCGCGGCGGCGGAGCAGGAGGAGGGCCUCGCCUUCGCCGAGGCCUUUGGCGUGGGCAUCUCGCUGCACUUCAAGCUCGGCAAGUUGUUGCUGUCGCUGCUCUUCGCGGCGGCGGUGCUCCAGCUGCCGGCGCUCGCGCUCUACGCGCGCCACGGCCAGUUCCGCGCCCACGCCGAGCCCGUGGCGCCCUACGGCGCCGGCUCGCUGAGCGUGCUCGACGGCGCGGCGCUCGCGCGCUACUCGAUGGCGGCCGUGCCCGCGCCGGAAAGCGUCGGCGAGACGCCGCGCGCGCGGCGGCGCGACAUCCUCGCCGUGUCCUUCUUCGCCGCCUGCGCGACCCUGGCGCUGUUGAGCGGCGCGGCGGCGGCGCGCGACUUCGUGCGGCGCGACGCGCUCGCGCUCCGGACGCUGGCGCCGAGGCCCGAGCACUACGCGUUGCUGUUAAGGGACGUGUCGCCCGACGCGACGGCGGCGACGGUGCGAGCCGAUGUGUUGGCAGCGCUGGCGGCCUACGGCGCGGGGCGGCCCUGCGCCAUCGAGAAGGUCGCCGUGCACCACGUGCUCCGGCCCGUGCUCACGAAAGCCGUCGAGGCGAUGGCGGCCGAAACCGCCGCGGUCCGCGCGGAGAAGCGCGCCAGGGCGCGGCCGCGCCUGAGCGGCGCGGCGCUGCGGACGCGGGCGCGGUCGCUGCGCGUGCGCGGCGAGCUCGUGGCCCUCGCGCGGGGGCCGCGGGACCGGGCCAUCGCGGCGUUCGUCGUCUUCGAGUCUCCGCGCGCGGCGCGCGACGCCGCGCGCGCGCUCGCGCGGCGCCACGCGGCGCUGCGGCGCGCGCGGCCGUCGCUCGUCUGGGCGCCCGAGGGCAAGGCCCUGCGCGGCGCCGGCGCGCUGGGCUUCGCGCGGCCCGCGAUGGCGCCCGCGCCCGCGGACGUCAUCUGGGAGAACUUGGAGGUGUCCGAGGCGUCGCGCGCGGCGCGGCGCUUCCUCGUGCGCGCGGCGACGCUGGCCGUCAUCACGUCGGGCCUCUUCGCCGUCUACGCGCUGCGGGGGCGGGCGAUCCACGACAUGGCCGACGACCCGGGCCCGGAGGCCGUCGCGACGGCCGCGCCGACGGCGUUCAACGCGACGGCGCUGAGCGACGACGGCGCGCCGGAGCCGUCGGACCCCUUCCACAGCGCGAAGCACGCGCUGGCGCCCUACCUGACGCGGGAGCCGUCGGCGAAGCGCCACGCGCUCUUCUUAGUGCUCAUCGUCGUCUGCCUCAACUCCGUGCUGCGGAUCCUGGUGCGGCGGGGCGCGGUCUUCGGCGCGCACUCGACGCGGACGACGGAGCAGUCCGCGGCGCUCCUGGCCUACUGGGCGUCGACGACGCUGAACACGACGGGCUGCUACGCGCUCGCGGCCUGGCGGGGCGCUGUGUGGAAUUCAAAUCUUCAACCCGACUUCAAUUUCAAGGCCAUGCUCCACGGCCCCGCGAUCGAGGCCGCGUUCGAGAGAAUCUCCGACGGGUGCUUGACCCCGGAGACGUUCUCGCCCGACUUCUUCGUCGUCCCGAACCAGGGCGCGAGCCACCCCGUCGACGGCUUUCUCUGCGGCAAAGACGGCCAGCCCGAGGGCUUCUUCGAAACCUCGGAGCUCUGGGACGUCGGCGCGUUCCCGCGCUUCGACCUCGCCGACUACGACGGCGUGUAUUUCGCGCCCAUGGGCCAUUGCGUGACGUCCGGAUCCGCGGGCGUCAUCGACUACGCGGGCCUCAUCGACGGGCGCCGCAUCUACGACGUGACGGGCAUCUUCCUCGGCUUUAACUUGGACGCGGUCUGCGAGUUCGAAGCCGCGGACUGCGACUUCGACGGCGUCGGCGCGGACCCCUACUGGCCGCCCUUCGACGGCGCCCUCGCGGGCACCUACGUCCACGAGCUCCUGCACUGGAUGGGCGCCGGCUACCACUCGAACUUCUACGAGUGCGCGGAUCCGAAGAGGGACCUCCUCGACCCGACGCGCUGCCCCGCCCUCGAGUACGGCGACGCCUACAGCCUCAUGGGCACGAGCAGCGGCAUCGCGCUGAACCUGCCGGCCUACACGCGCUACCACUUCGGCUGGCUCGGCGAGGACGACGUCGAGGUCGUGCAGACGCGCGGCGAGUUCCGACUCGCGGCCGUCGACGCGCCCCGCGGCGGCGCCGCGAAGCGCUUCGCGUACCUCCCGGAGUCGGACCUCUACGUCCACUGGCGGAGCGCGUCGGACCUCCGCGGGGACCCCGCGACGCCCGAGCCCGCGGACGAGUACGCGGGCUUCUUCGUCCACCGCUGGCAGACGCUCGUCGACGCGCACGUGACGUCGUGCGCCGCGGGCGCCGACGAGGUCCAAGAAGUGACGCUGAAACCGAACGCGACGUUCCUCAUGAAGUCCCAGGGCGUCGUCCUCCGCGCGGGCGAGGCCGCCGGCGACGCGCGCGGCCUCGAGGUCCACCUCACGGGCGAGGCGCCGCUCUGCGUCCGCGACCUGCCGAGGUUCGAAGUCGGUCUCUUCGGCGUCUUUCACAGCUGCGACUGCGGCGAGAGCUACUACUGCGAGGACGGCGCGUGCGGCGACGGCGGCUACCCGUUCCGGCCGUUCCGGUCCUACGCCGACGGCGUCGACCGCGUCGGCGACUACCCCGGCGGCGUGACGCUCCACAUCGCGCGCCACCUCGUGAACACGGACUGGAGCCCGGGCUGCGAGCCCUGGUAUCGCGAAGUGCCCUUCACGCUCGCCGUCGCGCGCACGGAGCUGCCGGAGGGCUACGGCUUCGACGCGCAGGUCCACCACAUGGAGCUCCGGGCGAGCCAGAGCGCCGAGAAGGCCUUCGCGUUCGGCCUCCCGGCGGACGUGCCCGACGGCGACUACGACACGUGCCUCACGGCGACGAACGAGGACACGGGCCUGCGCGCGGCCAUCCUCUUCCGCCUCACGCUGCCCCACGACCGGGGGCAGUGGUGGACGAACAACCGGCCGGCGGAAUACGCCGGCGUCGACCCCGAGCUCGCGGCGUUCUGCGCGUCGCUCAACGGCUGCGGCCGCGCGGACGGCGACUGCGUCGGCUGGGUGGACCCGGCGCUCCACCCGCCGGACCACUGCGACCUCGACAAGGCCUGCGACGGCGACGACGCGGGCUUCGGCCCCGAGGGCCGCUGCUGGGGCGACGGCGCGUCCUGGCGCGGCCGCGACCAGUGCGGCGUCGACCAGUCGUUCUGCGUCGGCGGCGCGCCGCUCCUCGACGCGCCGCUCGCCUGCGACGACCCGCUCCCGCCGCCGUGCCUCGACCACUGCUUCGAAGACGAGACGAUCUGGAACAAGUUCGUCGACGAGGAAAAAUUGACCGACGGCAACUGCGGCGGGCAACACGCCCUCUGCGCCGGCGACCUGUCCGCGAACGAGGCCGACUCGCUCUGGGGCACGCCGUUCUGCGAGACGGAGCACCUCAUGCCCUGCGCGCCGAACGGGAGCCACUACUCGAGCGGCCACCUGACGAAUCGUCACAGAUGCUGGCAGAACGGCGGCGACGCCGCGGAUAUCGCCUGCGCGCGCGCGCUCUGCGAAGCGACGCCGAAGUGCGGCGGCUACACGAUCGACACCCCGGCGAACGCGGCGGAGAGCUACGGGAAGGUCCUCUGGUUCCAGACCGUCGCGAUCGAACGGCCGGACGGCGAUAACUGGCGCUACGAGUGCUGGCGGAAGCCGCAGUGGGAAACCAAGGAGCCGUGCCACUGCAACGCGCCGGGCGAGCAGACGCAGCCCGCGGGCGCGUGCGCGUCGCCGGGGGCCAACGCGACGACGACGACGGCCGCGCUCUCCGCCGCGCCGACGCCCGCGCCGUCGGAGGCGCAGACGCCCGCGCCGUCGCCCGCGCCGUCGGAGGCCGUGUCGCCCGCGCCGACGCCCGCGCCGACCGGCGACGCGGCCGCCGCAACGUGCGAAGACGACGCGGCCUGGCUCGCGAAGUCGAAUAAGAAGGCGAAGAAAAAGUGCCCGAAGAAGACGACGAAGAAGAAGUGUAAAAAGAAGUGCGCGUGGAUCGAGGACGCGUGCGUCGAGAAGCUCCAAACAUGCGAGGACACAUUCUACAAGAAAGGAAAGCCCCAAAAGGAAGGCGCCAAGCUCGCCAAGGCCUGCAAGAAGCAGGGCACGAUCGGCGGCGCGAAGAAGAAGGUCAAGGCCAGCGCCGCCUGCCAGAAGGCGUGCGGCACGUGCGACGAGGCCGGCGCGGUCGUCGGCGCGACGACGACGACCGCCGGCUUCGCGAACGACCGCCGAUGGUGCCCCACGCCCCGACCGUCGUCCGCGCCGACGCCGACGCCGACGACGGCCGCGCCGUCGCCCGCGCCGACGAAGUUCACGGUGAGCGAGUGGACCGAGCUCACCACUCCCGACGGCGAAGAAGGCCACUGUACGCCGUACGGCAUGCUCUGCGACACCGACGGCGCGGCCUACGGCAGUGCUCUCUGCGACGACUUCUACACCAGCGGGGACAUGAUGGGGUCGCAUCCGUGCAAGCUGGGCGGCUGGGACGAGAGCGUCGCCUGCGUCCGGGAGCUGUGCGAGGGCUCGGAGCUCUGCGGGGGCUACACCUUCAGCCCGGGCCCGUACUGGUGGAGCGUCAGCCUCUAUCCGGUCGGCUUCGGCGCGCCGACCUACCGGCUCGCGAACACGCACUGCUGGAAGAAGCCGGACGCGAGUUCGGCCGGUGCCGUCGUCGGCGCGUCGACGACGACCGCCGCCUUCGCGGGCGAUCUCGGCGAGGGCGAGUCGUGUGGCUACGGCGAGUGCGCGGCCGGCCUCUCGUGCGACCGGAAUCCGGCCGACGGGACGAGGACGUGUGUCCGCAUCGCGACCGAUCGCGGCGAGGGCGACGCGUGUGGCCCGUACUGGGCUGGCUGGCACUACGGCGAGUGCGCGGCCGGCCUCUCGUGCGAGUGCGCCGGAAUGUGCGCCGACCCGAUGGUCGCCGAUUACCCCACGACGUGUGUCCGCUCCGGAGAUGGUCCCUCGUGCGAGUCGAAGAAGGGCCGCGACUCCGAGUCCUGGCACCGGAAAGACGCCCCGACGAAGACCUGCGAGUGGGUCAAGAAGAAGCCCUCGAAGCGGUGCCGCAAGAAGGGCGCGACCGGCGCUCGGGCGGAGACGGAGUGCGUCCGCGCCUGCGCAUCGUGCCCCUCCGAGGGCGCGUGCGCGGACGACGCCACGUGGUCGCACACCAACAAGAAGAACAAGAAGCUCGACUGCGUCAGCGUCGCGCGGAACCCCGGCCGCCGCUGCGGCCUGUCCGGUGCCGCGGACGCGUGCCGCGCGACGUGCGGUACGUGCGACGAAGUCCCCUAG